UGAUGUAAAAGGAAGUCAAUGGUGAGAAGGUGAUCGUCGAGGUAGAGGGCGAGUCAGUCCCGGAACCAAGAGUCGCGGCUCUGGCGGAGCACGGGAUGGUUUUGUUGACGGACGGGAACAUGGCGCUUUCCAGUGGGAACGUGUGUAGGAGGUUUUUGCUGCUUUUGGCUCAAGAAAACCUGGAAUUCCGGCUCCCGGAACUAAAAUCCCUGUUUUCUCUUUGUGCUGGACAAUUAAAAUGUGAAGAAAGCUUUGAUGAAAAGUCCCCUUUCUGGAUUCUACACAUUCCCUCUGAGGACAUGGCAAAAAGAAUCAUGAAACGGACAGUGUGUGCCAAAUCAAUAUUUGAGUUGUGGGGUCAAGGAAGAACACACGAAGAACUUUAUAACUCACUGAAAAAUUAUCCUGCAGACAGAAUGAUCCCAUUCCUUCAAUGUGGUUCAACCUAUCAGAUAACGGUUUAUGCGUUCAAUAAAACACUGACACAAAAAGAAAGGAUUCAAAAGAUAGAUAGUUUAGACUUUCUUCCCUUUCAAGGAACAGUGAAUCUAAAGAAUCCAGAGCAUGUGUUUUGGUUACUUGAAGACUAUGGCACAGAUCCGAAUAACGCUCCAGAGCAACCCUUUUCUAUUUACUUUGGAAGAUGGCUUGCUGAUGGUCGAAGGGAGUUAAUCAACUUAUACAGUGUGAAGAAGCGUCAUUUCAUUGGGAAUACCAGUAUGGAUGCAGGUCUUGCAUUUCUAAUGGCAAAUCACGCAAAAGCAAGAGCUAAUGACUUGGUAUUUGAUCCAUUUGUGGGAACAGGUAGUCUUCUUGUAGCUUGUGCCCAUUUUGGUGCCUACGUAUGUGGAACAGACAUUGACUACAACAUUAUUCAUGGGCGUGGUAAGGCCAGCAGGAAAAACCAGAAAUGGAGAGGACCAGAUGAGAACAUCCGGGCUAACCUUCGCCAGUAUGGCUUGGAGGAAUUCUAUGUUGAUGUGCUUGUUUCUGAUGCUUCAAAAAAUAUUUGGAGGAGAGGGAAGUUAUUUGAUGCAAUCAUCACAGAUCCACCAUACGGCAUAAGGGAAUCCACAAGAAAAACAGGAUCACAGAAAGAAGUUUUAAAACCAACAGAAGAAUACACGGAAAGUCACGUCCCAGUCUCCAUGAGUUAUCACUUGAGUGACAUUUUCAUUGAUCUGCUGAACUUGGCUGCAGAAAACCUGGUCAUGAAUGGUCGUCUGGUUUACUGGUUACCUGUGCAUAAACUUGACAAAGAACUAAAAGCAAUUUGAAGAAACCGAGAGAAACAACUGAUCGACUCCUGUGGGCCCGACUGGAGCUAGUGAACUAUGUGUCCCUGAUUUUGUUUUCCUUUUCCAUACCUAAUAUUCAUAUCUUUCUUUGUGAUUUUGUCUGUUUGUGAAGGGGAAAUUAAAAAGUGGUAGAGUUAAAUUAUUAAGAGUGAUGUUAGCAAUUCAUAUUUCCUAAUUGCCAUUAAUUAAAGAUAAUUUGUUCAUAAAAGUGAGUUGUUAUUUUGUUAAGUACAGAAGUCUGGUGAGUGUGGCCUUUUAAUCUGUGUUUGUCAGUCAGGUAAGUUAGGGACUUUAAAUAGUUUGACCAAAUCUUUUCACAUUGGUGAUAACUCCAGGAAUAAUGGGGCUGUAUUUCCAGUGUCCUCGUGAAUCAUGACAUGAGGUGCAGAGGUAUUUGGCUGUUCAGUGUACUAGACACAAAAGGUUACUAUUGCAGGUACAGCAUCUAAGAAGAACAACUAAUGCGAUGCGAUCCUUUGUUACUUUUACGUUCAAUUUCUCUGGUAAUAAGGUUUGGUGAGCAUUGGUGAGACAAAAACUUGAAUUGACCAAUAUGCAGUUUUGGUCUCUGUAUUUACAUCCUUCCUUAAAUAAAUUGAAGGCAAUUCAGAUGGUUUUAUUAGAUUGGUAUCUGGAUAGUGGGUUGCCUUAAGAGGAUUGGACAGUCCUGGAGUUUAGAAGAGUGAAUGUUGACUUGAUUGAGCCGCAAAACUGAAAAAUGUGUU